AGGGAUGCGGGCGGCAGAGCGGGGCAGGCGGCGGCGGCGGCGGCUGCGCGGCGGCGGCCCCUCCGCGCCCUCCCCCCGCUCCCCGCCGCCCGGCCCCUAUGGCAGCCGCUCCCCGCCCCGCCGCCGCCCGCACCCCCGCGCCGCCCCGCCGGGCUCCGCCGCUCGCCCCAGCGUCGCGCUCGGCCGCCGCUCGCUGACCCGCUGCCGCCGCCGGCUGGGGCCCCGGGAUGCCCAGCGGCCCCGCCGCCCGUCCCUGCCGCCCGCCGCGCCGCCCGGGGGGCACGCCGCCGGAGAGUUGAGUUAGGAAGUCAUGGUGCCCUGGGAGCCCUCCCCGCCCCGGCAGUGCGGCGGCGGCUGGACGCUCUGCGACUGCUGCUGCUGGCUGCUGCUGCCCGCCGUGCUGCUCGUCCUCGCCCGCCCCGAUAAGCUGGCGGCCUUCCCUACCUCCUUAAGCGACUGCCAGACGCCCACCGGCUGGAACUGCUCCGGUUACGAUGACAGAGAAAAUGAUCUCUUUCUCUGCGACACCAAUACCUGUAAAUUUGAUGGGGAGUGUUUAAGGAUUGGAGACAGUGUGACUUGUGUCUGUCAGUUCAAGUGUAACAAUGACUACGUGCCCGUGUGCGGCUCCAACGGUGACACCUACCAGAACGAAUGCUACUUGAAACAGGCUGCCUGCAAGCAGCAGAGCGAAAUCCUCCUGGUGUCCGAAGGAUCGUGUGCGACCGAUGCCGGCUCAGGAUCUGGGGACGGAGUCAAUGAAGGCUCAGGUGAAACCAAUCAAAAAGAGACAUCGACCUGUGACAUUUGCCAGUUUGGGGCAGAGUGUGACGAAGAUGCAGAGGAUGUUUGGUGUGUGUGCAACAUUGACUGUUCUCAAACCAACUUCAAUCCUCUUUGUGCUUCCGAUGGGAAAUCUUAUGAUAAUGCAUGUCAAAUCAAAGAGGCAUCAUGCCAGAAACAGGAGAAAAUUGAAGUCAUGUCUUUGGGUCGAUGUCAAGAUAAUACUACAACAACUACAAAAUCGGAAGAUGGGCAUUACGCAAGAACAGAUUAUGCAGAGAAUGCAAAUAAACUGGAAGAAAGUGCAAGAGGGAUCUACAUCCCUUGUCCAGAGCAUUACAAUGGCUUCUGCAUGCACGGCAAGUGUGAGCACUCCACUAAUAUGCUGGAACCGUCUUGCAGAUGUGAUGCCGGCUAUACUGGACAACACUGUGAAAAAAAGGACUACAGCGUUUUAUACGUGGUUCCAGGUCCAGUCCGAUUUCAGUAUGUCUUAAUAGCAGCUGUGAUUGGAACCAUCCAGAUUGCUAUCAUCUGUGUUGUAGUCCUCUGUAUUACAAGGAAAUGUCCCAGGAGCAACAGAAUCCACAGACAGAAGCAAAACACAGGGCACUACAGUUCAGACAACACAACAAGAGCAUCGACAAGUUCUAGUGGCAAUUUUGAGUCUACUGAACUCAGUAGUAGGGUUUUGAGUUGGUCCAAGAUCAGCGACAAUUAUGGAUGUGGGAAAGGUGAAGAAUAAUUUAACCUACAUUGAGGAGGGAUAAAAUAUUUCAGAUCCGGAGUCAACUACAUUUCAUCAGCUGCCUUCUCCCAUACCAUCUAUCUUUACUCUCCCAUAGCUUAGGAAGUCUUUGCCUUCUAAAUUAAAUCCUAACCGAAGGGGAAAUGGAAAUUCUCGGUAACCAUGAUGAGAGUGUUGGGGGUGAUGUU